CUUGGCCUUGAGUCGAAGGCAAGCAGAACGCCUGAUACGUAGUGGAGAAGUUACUCUGUCUGGAAACGUAAUCCAUACUCCCCAGCUACUAGUCGAUUUCGACGAGAUACUAGCUAGUUCUGCGGAGAAUACACCCAUGGUAAAACUAUCGGGGAAACCAGUUCUCUUUGAUCCGUCUCUUGCGACACCGUCGACGUCAUCGAGUGCCGACAAUCAGCGUCCGUCGUCUCUUGUCCCAAAGGUAUGGGCAGUCCACAAACUCAAAGGGGAAGUUGUCACCGAAAACGAUCCGCACGGACGGCCGUCUCUGAUCGAACGAUUGAAACAGAGUGGAGUCGGAAGGUCACGGCAAGGCGGAAAGCGGAAACGCCAACAGCGUCAAAUGCAUUUAAAACCGAUUGGUCGGUUGGAUAUGCCCACAGAAGGAUUGAUAUUAGUCACGAAUGAUGGCGGAUUUGCGAGAGAGAUGGAAUUGCCGUCGUCGAAAAUCCAUCGGGUGUACAGGGUUCGCGUUCACGGCAGAUUGACUACCCACAAGCUGGACCAAGUAAGAAGAGGAGGUGUCACGUAUGAAAAUGUCAGAUAUCCUUCCAUGCAAGUAUCCCUAGAGAAACCCAAAAGAGCAAGGUCAAUGUCGUCCAACAAUUGGCUACGAGGUACGUCGUAUGGUCAAACGUCGGGUUCCGUCCCUCUUGAGUCAAUAUGGUGGAAGGAAAAACCCUAAUCUUUCACAAAUUUUCUUUUCUGUUUGUCGCUUGUAAUGCAUACGUACGCACCAGUUACCUGUACGGAAGGGAAGAACCGGCAAAUUCGAAAUGUAUUUGCGGCAUUGGGCGGUACGUACCAAUCCAAAUCAAAUGUUUUCGUCAUGUCAUAGAUUUCACUCAAAGUUCGUGACGUUACGCAAAGAUGGAGUAUCAUUCCUUGAAAUAAAUUCGUUGAAAAGCGUCUCAUUCAUCUCGUACCUUUCAUCCUUUCCGAUAGUUUCUGUCACCAGAUUGAUUCGAAUUGCCUACGGUGAUUACAAGCUGGAAUCGAUCCCACCCGGAAUGGCAAUACCACUCCCUUAUAAACCUGUCAAUCAGCA